AUGAACACAAAGAGCAAAGAAACGGAAGAUGCUUCGGUGAUUGAGAGUGGUGAUUUUGCAACUCCUCGAGCUGUUUUGACAGGGCAUGACUACGAGAUCACCUGUGCUGCCAUUUGUGCUGAGCUUGGCCUGGUAAUAAGUGGUUCAAAAGAAGGACCAUGUCUCAUACAUUCUAUGAAUGGAGAUCUACUGAGGACAUUAGAAGGUCCUGAAAGAUUAGAAGGUCCUGAAAACUGCCUGAGACCAAAACUGAUUCAAGCUUCCAGAGAAGGCCACUGUGUCAUAUAUUAUGAAAAUGGGCUCUUCUGUGUGUUCAGUGUGAAUGGAAGACUUCAGGCCACUAUGGAAACAGAUGACAAGAUCAGGGCCAUUCAGCUGAGUCGGGAUGGACAGUACCUGCUCACGGGUGGAGACAACGGAGUUGUGAUGGUGUGGCAGAUGUGGGACCUGAAGCAGCUCUUUGCUUACCCCGGGUGCGACGCUGGGAUCCGAUCCAUGGCCCUGUCCUACGACCAAAGGUUAGAGCAGAGUCUGGUCAGACAAUAUAUACCUACCAUGAAAUUACAGUCUUGUUUUUCUUCUGAUUGUGCUUCUCUGUGGCUCACAGGUCCUGGUGAUUAUCUUCAGCAUUCUGUGCUUGCAUGA